AUGGCCCGUCGAAGGACAUCACGUCGUCUGAGACACUCUUCAGAUAAGAAGAUGCUUUGUAUGUGUAUCUCAGUUGUGUAUCUCCCAGCUCCUCAAUUUGGCCAAGCAUUCUUCUAA